UACGCAUUUCUAGGGGAGCAAGACAGUUUUCAGUUCAACGGUACAUCAGAUUUCAACGACCCGGCUAGUUUCAUAAACCGAACCUUGGGUAAUGUACCCGUGGUACUAGAUUUUGUGAUUGGAAACCAGACUUGUCCUGAAGCUCAAAACUCGAGUGCAUCUUUGUGCCAGAAUAAUGCUUCAUGUAACAAUUCAACUAACGGCUAUGGAGGAUAUCUUUGUAGCUGCUUAAACGGUUACGAGGGCAAUCCUUAUCUCAGUCCUGGAUGCACAGAUAUCGACGAGUGUAACAAUACCGGGCUCAUCCUCAAUAACUGCAAUGCGAAUGCAACUUGCACCAAUACCGCAGGAAGUUUUACUUGUACAUGUUUAGAUCAGUACUCUGGGGAUGGAACAACAGACGGAAGUGGGUGCAUUCCCAUUGUUCCCAAGGCCUCACAAGCCUCACAAUCCUCAGGGAUCAAGUUAUCUCUAGGAUUGAGUUUUGGCUUCUUGUCAUUAUUGAUGGUUGUAAUUGGGCUAUACUUCAGCAUACAGAGAAGGAAGCUAAUCAAAAUAAGGGACCAAUUCUUCCAACAAAAUGGUGGGUUAUUAAUGAAACAAAAAAUUUCUUCAAUUGAUGGAAAAAGUGCAGAGCCAUCAAAAAUCUUCACAGCUGAAGAGCUAAAGAAAGCCACUAACAACUAUGCCGAGAGCCGGAUACUCGGCCGCGGUGGGUACGGUGUGGUUUACAAGGGAAUUUUACCUGAUCAACGUAUAGUCGCCAUCAAGAAGUCCAAAGUAAUUGAUAAGAACCAAGUAGAGCAGUUCAUCAACGAGUUGUUGAUUGUUACGCAAGUUAACCAUAGGAAUGUUGUGAAGCUCUUGGGGUGUUGUUUUGAAUCAGAGGUUCCUCAACUUGUUUACGAGUACAUAUCAAAUGGCACACUAUUCGAGCAUAUUCAUAAGACAUUUUCCUGGUUAACAUUGGAUAAUCGAUUGAGAAUAGCCACAGAAGCAGCUGGUGCACUUUCCUAUCUUCACUCUUCCGCUUCCAUUCCUAUCAUUCACAGAGACGUCAAGUCUGCCAACAUAUUGCUAGAUGCUAAUUACGUGGCAAAAAUGGCAGAUUUUGGUGCUUCAAGAUUAGUCCCCUUUGACCAAUCUCAAGUGACUACACUAGUACAAGGGACUUUAGGAUAUUUGGAUCCGGAGUACUUUCACUCUAGCCAGUUAACAGAGAAGAGUGAUGUCUAUAGUUUUGGAGUGGUUCUGGCGGAAUUAUUAACUGGGAAAAAGCCUAUUUGUCUUGACAGGUCUCAUGAGGAAAGGAAUUUGGCGACUUACUUCAUUGUGUCAAUGAAGGAAAGUAGGUUGUUCCAAAUUUUGGAGCCUCGGCUGGUAAGGGAAGGGACCUUGGAGCAACUCGAAGCGAUUGCGGAGCUCGUAAAGAGGUGUCUUUCUUUGAAAAGUGAAGAGAGGCCAUCAAUGAAAGAAGUAGUUGUGGAAUUAGAAGGUCUGAGGAAGUUUAAAAAGGAUCAAUGGGUUAAUGAUCCUCAGCAAAGUCAUGUAGAGAGUGAAAGUUUGAAGAGUCAAGAAUCAGGAGCAGACACUUCCAUUGAGCUAAUAAGUCUUUCUCUUGACGCGAGUGGCAUAUCUGGGCAAUACAGUUUCAACUGCAGCAUGACAUUUCCACUUAAUAGCUCCCUGCGGUAUUAAGAGGUGGUGUAUUGUGUAAUGGCGCAAACAUACAAUAUUGGUCAAUUGUGACAGUAGAUUGUUCUUCGUUUGGGUCUAGAGUGUCUGUAAUAAGGUGAAGAUCUUGUUGGUUCAAGUUGAAGAUGGUUUGUGAAUCUAAUUUCUUGGUCUGUCCCAUGAUUUUUCUUGUUUUUUUCAAUAAAUUCUGGUCUUGUGGUG